UGUGCCUCUAGAGGUUCGCAUUUGGCCUCGUAUCUUGACCCUCCCAGAUCCGAGCUGCUGCUUCCAUACGCAUGGCAUCCGAGGGCCCAGGCCAAAACGAGAGUCGUCGCACUCACAGAAAGUCCAAAGCAGGUUGCGUCACCUGUAAGAGGAGGCAUGUCAAGUGCGACGAGGGUCGACCCAGAUGUGCCAAGUGUGCCUUGGGAAACCGAAGCUGCUCGUAUGCCUCGACGCCUCAGCAAGCCGGACUUAGCCCCAACGCCGCUGUCGCCGCCGUUGCAAGCACGAGCGCGAGUAACAACAGCCCGGCACUGAUUUCAUCAUCUACCGAUCUGCUUACGGCGGCAGCGGCAGUUGGUACGGAGCCAACCGUUCGCUAUGACGCCGUCCACAUGACUCUUCUCCACCAUGCCAUCCUCAAUAUGGGACAAUAUCUGGGAGUCAGCGGUGACAUGAGCCCGGUGUUAGACACUGCUCUCGAGAGCGCGCACACCGCUCCCUACUGCCUCGAUCAAUUGCUUGCUGUGAGUGCUUUAUACCAAUCUACCACGGCGCAGGCACGCAAGCAUCUCUACAUUAGGUACGCCACAGAACUGCAGACGCGUGCCUUGGGUCAGUUUCUCGAAGCCCGUGGGAAUAUCAGCGAGUCAAACUUCGUGCCCGCCUUCCUCUUCACCUCCCUUGUCGGAGUCCACGUCCUACACAAUACAUUCAGAGAUCAUCAAGAUAAUCUCGGCGAGUUCGUUAGCGCGUUCGUCGACUACGUGCGUGUCCACCGUGGAAUUCGUGCCGUGACAGCAGAUUAUUGGGACCAAAUUCUUGCCUCAAAUUUGGCUUCCCUUCUGGGCAUCGUGGAGCUUGGCAACAGAAUUGACCACCUGGGAGCCGGGACCGAGACUAAACCUCUGCGUGAACAUUUAGAAUCACUGCCGGAUGCCUCAAGGAUGGCGGUUACUGCAUCUAUUGAUGCUUUGAAGCGGAUGCAAUGGGUACUUGAUCUUGCAAACCACAAUGCUCAAAGUUUCAGCAACAGAAUCCAGGCCACCCUCGCCUGGCCGAUCAUUAUUUCAGAUGAUUACAUCGAUGCCUUAUAUCUACGCAAUCCUGAGGCCAUGGCUGUCCUGGCUUUUUACCUUGCUUUCGUGUACCAAAUUCGACCGUUUUGGAUCUUUGAAUCUUGUAGGGCUUCUCUUAUCGAAGCACUAGCAAGUUACCUUGGACCGUUUUGGAAGGGAAGCAUGAGUUGGCCGUUGUCAAAUAUUCCUGGAUCUUGAUGCAUUCAUUUCACACAAGGCUCUCAUGUCGCGUCGCUGGUGGCUGGAGAGUUAAAGCGGUGCUUUCUAAAUUAUGCUAGCAUCACGUGUAGAAUGGUGUUUGGGCAAUCAUCGCAUUAUUAACUUUUCAACUUCGUA